AACACCGAGAUUCCUUGAAGCUAUCGUAGUUACACUGUUAAACUUGGCCUUUCACUGCAAGUUCCUCAAUCGAUUUAAGGUAUAAGUAGUCAACAUGUCUUUUCCCAAUGCAACAUUCAGAAAACAGUUGGAUACGGUACUUAUCCACUUCGAGAACUAUACAACUUUCUCCAACAAUCCCGACUUUUUGCUCUUUUGUCUUUAUCUUCAAAAUAUCCAAGCUAGUUGCACCUGAAGAUGCGAUUUCCUGCAGCUAUCUGCACAAUAUUGAUGUUCGCAUCUUACGCCGCAGGCUCCACUAUAGAGCGACGAAAACCUUUGAUUGAUUACACCGAGUGUCCGGGAGGCAAAAAGGCUGUCGCCCAACUUGAAACAGAAUUUGAAUUUGCACGGAAGAUGAUCAGCGUUGGAGGAGAAGACUUUGGUCCUGAGAAUGAGUUUGCAAAGGCGUUCUUCGACCCUAAACGGCUCACUGAAUCGAAAAUCAAAACCAUGAAGGAUCGAUUCAGGACAAUGAGGCGGAUGGCUGAUCCAGGAAAAAAAGAGAAAUAUCUGGAAACACGACGGAUAAUUUUGUGCCCACUGUUUUGGGAAAUGGAAACUACAGAGUCGUUAAUAAAACGCUGCGAGACUGAGGAUAUCUCACUCCGGGAUGUGAGAAGGACGCAAGCGCGAGUGCUCGUCCAUGAACUUGCGCACAGCGUCUCGGACCUGAUUUCACUUGCUAAAGGCGAGCAUGUGUAUGAUAGAAAGAUACAACCUUCGAAAAAGGCGGAAGAAAAUGCCGAGUCCUAUGCUAUGACACUUGUAGGAACAUACUACGAUAGAAAGUGCAAAAUCCUUAGACCUAAUGCUAAAGUUCUUUGGGGGACCCCUGCAGAACAAGCACAAGAAACGGAACAUGAAGUGGAACCUGUACUGGAAAAUGAACCGGAACCUUCACCGCAACCCGGACCGGCAUCUGAAAAUUAG